AUGCCAUAUCCUAAUGAUCUGAUCAUAGAAGACGGGCAAAACAAAAUGAUAAUGGACGAGCUUUCCUAUGACCGAGGGAAGUUAGAAGAGGAGUUCCAGCGACUGUUUCAAGGAUUAACAACUGAGCAACGUGGAAUUUACAAUGAAAUUAUGUCAGUUGUAUCACGAGGAAAAGGAGGGGUGUUCUUUGUAUAUGGAUACGGAGGAACAGGCACGGACUUGACCGGACUCCUUAUGAAGACAAAGUUAAUCAUAUGGGAUGAAGCUCCCAUGAUGCAUAAAUACUGCUUUGAAGCUCUAGAUAGGAGUUUAAAGGAUGUUAUGCAGUUUGUGAAUCCUGCAAAUCAAGAUAUCACAUUUGGUGGCAAGGUUGUAGUUUUUGCUGGUGAUAUAAGAAAAAUAUUACCCGUGGUGCCUAAAGGAAGCAGACAAGACAUUGUCUUCUCAGCAAUAAAUAGUUCUUACUUAUGGGACUUUUGCCAAGUACUUAGGCUGACAAAGAACAUGCACCUCACAACAGGUUCAAAUGGGGGACAUGACCCUAUUGCGACAAUAGUAGAAAGCACAUAUCCUGACAUAGCAGAUCACAUUUGGGAAUCAAGUUAUUUUCCAGAAAGAGCUAUUCUUGCUCCAACCAAUGAAAUUGCUAAGACGGUUAACGAUCACGUGUUAUCUCAAUUGCCAGGUGAAGAAAGAACUUACUUGAGUUCAGAUGCAAUUUCAGUGGAGGAAGGAAAUUUUGGAAUUCAUGAGAUGUAUUCAAUAGAGUUCCUAAAUACAAUUAAAUGUGGAGGAUUACCAAACCAUAGUAUAUGA